UUAUAUCCUCGCAGCCAGUCUGUGUGGAGACAUCAGAGGGAGGGCGCGGAGGAAGGCAGCGCUUUUGACAAGGAUUGUCGUGAGGUCUGAGUAUUGGCAAACGAAGCAUGCCCGUUUCAUCUAGCACAAUGGUGAAGGAAACUGGGUACUACGACAUACUGGGCGUGAAGCCGUCAGCCACUAGCGAUGAGCUUAAGAAGGCCUACCGGAAACUGGCGCUCAAGUACCACCCGGACAAGAACCCGUCGGAGGGCGAGCGCUUCAAGGCCAUCUCGCAGGCGUACGAGGUGCUGGCUGACGAGAAGAAGCGCCAGAUAUAUGACGAGGGCGGCGAGCAGGCCAUCAAGGAGGGCGGCUCCGGCGGCGGCGGCUUCCAUUCGCCCAUGGACAUCUUCGACAUGUUCUUCGGCGGUGGCGGCGGCAUGCGGAAAGAGCGAGAGAGGAGGGGCAAGAACGUGGUGCACCAGCUGCAGGUGACUCUGGAGGAGCUUUACAACGGCGCCACACGCAAACUGUCGCUGCAGAAGAACGUCAUCUGCGACAAGUGCGACGGCCGCGGCGGCAAGAAGGGCGCCGUGGAGACGUGCCCUAACUGCCGCGGCUCGGGCAUGCAGAUCCGCGUGCAGCAGCUGGGGCCCGGCUUCGUCCAGCAGAUCCAGUCCAUGUGCGACGAAUGCCGCGGACAGGGCGAGCGCAUCAACCCCCGCGACCGGUGUAAACAGUGCAGCGGCAAGAAGGUGGUGCGCACGAAGAAGAUCCUGGAGGUGCACAUCGACAAGGGCAUGACUGACGACCAGCGGAUCACAUUCAGCGGCGAGGGGGACCAGGAGCCGGGCCUGGAGCCGGGCGACAUCAUCAUCGUGUUGGACGAGCGGGAGCACAGCACCUUCAAGCGGGACGGCGACGAUCUCAUCAUGCACCUGGACAUCGAGCUCGUGGAGGCGCUGUGCGGCUUCCAGCGGGCGAUCACCACGCUCGACCAGCGCUCCCUGGUCAUCACUUGCAUACCGGGCGAGGUCAUAAAGCACGGUGUGAUCAAGUGCAUCCUGAACGAGGGCAUGCCGCACUAUAGGAAUCCGUUCGAGAAGGGCCGGCUCAUCGUCCAGUUCCUGGUGAAGUUCCCGGAGCGACUGAGCCCGGCCGUGGCCGGCCAGCUGGAGGCCCUGCUGCCGCCCAGGCCGGAGCUGCCGCUGCCUGAGGACGCCGAGAUGGUGGCACUGGCCGACGUUGACCCCAAGCAGGAGAGCCGCCGCCACCACCAGGCGCACAGCAGCGCCUACGACGAGGACGAGGGCAUGCACCACGGUCGCGGCGGCGGGCCCGUGCAAUGUCAGACCCACUAGUGACCUGGCGCCGCCGCUACCGCCCGCCGCGCCGCCGCUUCCGCCCGCCGCCGCGCCUGUACAUAGACCUGACGCUCUCCAGUGUGAUACCGCCGCCGUCCGGGCGGACCGGGCGGCGGCGGAGGCCCGGCAGUCGCCCGGCUCCUUCCGCGCCGGCGCCAGCCGCUGGCGCCAAAGGCGAGCUGACCUGACCGACGCCGGCGUUGGCCGCUCCGUUCGCACAGACUGACCGCGCGCCCACACCCAUCACAGCGCCGACAUGCGUAAUACCGUGGCCAUUUCCUUUCAUGCUGCUAGGUUGUUUACAGUCUUGACUGGUAGAUUCUGUCGGAUUUAUUCGUUUUGCCUGUGUAUUGUAUAUUGUCAUAUGUGAACAAUAAACUGGAUGGUAGACAUUCA